GGGAAGGAAGGAGUGAAAGGCACUUGCACCCUGAUCACUGUCACAGCAAGAUGGGUGUCACUAGCACAUGUCUCUGCCUGAUCCUCAGCACCCUGUGCCUGGCUGCCAGCAGCGCCUUCAGCCCCGACCAUAUCCGAGAUGCUCUGCUCAGAAAACUCAACCUCCAGGAGCCCCCCAAGCUGGAGAAAAGGGACGUGGAGAAGCUGCUGAUCCCCAGGCACAUCCAAGCCAAGUACAUGUCUAUGCUUCAUACUCACAGGGAGAGGAAGAGGAGAUCCCUGCCCAGCUUGGCCGGCAUCCUCAGGGGCAUCUCUGGCAAUGCAGAUAUUGCCGGGGAGAUUGUGUAUUCAGACUCCAGCAAGCAAACCUUGGUGUUUGGAAUGGAGUCCCGAAUCCCAGAGAACAGUGAGGUGACUAUGGCUGAACUCAAGCUCUUCAAGAAACCCCCCCAAAUCAUGAACGUCCCAGAGAGGAGAUUCCACCGACCGGUCAAUAACGCCAGAGUCAGUGUGUACUAUGUGGAGAUGCUCACAGAUGGGACCAACAGAACCUCCCUGGUGGACUCUAGGCUUGUGCCCAUCAUGGAGUCGGGCUGGAGGAGCUUUGACGUGACCCAGGCUGUGCAGUACUGGACAAGGAGCGGGGGGCAGUCACCGAUGCACUUAGAGAUCCGGGUGGAUGGGGAGCGACAUGGAAGUCAUGCGUCUGAGAUGGCAAAGUUGGUUCGUUUCACCACCCAGAGCGCUUCGGAUAACUCUCUGGGGAAACCAGAACUUGUUCUAUACACACUCAACCUGGAUGAGCAUGGGGCCCGCGGCGACUGCUCGGCAUCAGGUGCCCAAAAAGACCACAUCUGCUGCAGGGAGGAACAUUUCAUUAACUUCCGGGAGCUUACCUGGACACAGUACUGGAUUAUAGAACCGGCGGGAUACAACGCGUUUCACUGCACAGGAAGUUGCAAGCAACCCAAGUUCCCCUUGUCCCAUUAUCACUAUGGGCAGCGAACGUGCGCUGUGGUGGAAAGCGCCCCGCUGCCCGUCAUGUACCUGGUCAAAAAGGGCGACUACACGGAAAUCGAAGUGGCGGAAUUCCCCAAUAUGAUAGUUGAAAAAUGCGGUUGCACCAUGGACAAUAUCGCUAUCAUAUGAUUGGUGGUGUGUGUAGUACUUGCAAAUGUGCUCUUAGUAACCAGGCAGGGGCCCAUUAUAUAAAGUGGCACCUUUGGGCCCCUCCAGCUGUCAAGAGGGUGCUGGGAGUUGUGCUUUAACACCAACUGAAGGGAUGCAGUUUGGGCAAACUGAUGUAAUGCGUUAGUAUUGCCACUUUUCCCUACUAUCACCAUCAUGCCCUACUACUAUAGUAACUACUAUAGGUGCAGCUGCACGUUCAGACUUUUUCUGCUUAAACGAGACGUGCAGUCGCCCCUGUUUGCACCCACCCCGAGGCAGCUCUGUCAGUAACCGAACCGUAAGCCCACGGUUUUACCCAGCGCAAAAUCUUACCGCUCCCCCCGGGAGUUUGUAAAAAAAAAAAAGCAGCGACGAUUUACAAUCUUAGUAAUGUCUGUGGCAGAACGAUAGAAGCAUUUAGAGAAGCACUUACCUGUAAAUAGACUGAUAUAGAUAUUUAUCUCUUGUUGACCCAGCCAACACUGCGGCGUGGAGAUGGCUCAUAAAAUAUGAAUUAAUGACGGAGGUAUUUCUAUUGGAAGAUCGUUUCAGCAUCAUUUUUCAAUUCUAUAUAUAUAUAUAUAUAAUGGAAAGUUUAAUCAAACAAUAAAGUUUGUGAUGAAAUUA